UUGCGUGAUCGCAAGGAUGACAGGACGUAUGAUAAUCGAAUUCGAGUUAAUGCGACGAGCACUUUCCACGGUGGACAGAUCGCGGCUGAGUGUACACCACGACCGCGCGGUGCUAUAAAGGCUGUCUCGCAGUCGUCCUGAAGGGAGUCCAUAACCAUCAAGCAUCAAUUCGAAUCAACAAUCAGACCUCAGACGAGAUCAACACAACCUGCUAUCAUCGACAUCAUCUAUUGGUCGUCGAUUCAAUCAACCAAAAACUUUCCGACACCAACAUCAGAAAUGACCAACGAACCAAAUGUGCGCAGCCACGCCGGCUGCUGCAUGGGUCACUGUCGUGCCCAGCGCUUUGCAAUGGACUCCCAUUGCGCCGCCGCCUUCGAGAAGGAGAAGGCUACCAUCAAGGCGUACGAAGAUGGCUGGGACAAUUGGGACGGCCCAAUUUGGCCAUGGCGGGAGACAAACAAGCCGCAAGCACAGCAGAAGCUGGAGGACGAGUAUCAGGGAUGCUGCAGCACACCAGAACAAACUACCAUCAAUACCUGUGAGUCUAACAUAAGUACCCAACCUAGUACAAUGACUGAUUUGUCAAUAGCGCUUGCAAACGUACAUCAACUAAAGCCUAGUGCCGACUCCUCAAGACCAUCGAGGCCUGCGAGUUUGGGUGGCUCGGUAUCGUCGUCUUCGUCGUUAUGGAGCUCCAGGACUACGUCUCCAUGUCCUACCUGCGGAAGGGGUGCUACGUCGCAUCUUUAAUCGCAUUGUUGAGCGGAUGAUCAUGGACCUGAAAUGUAACGCAUUUGUUUAGUACAGGAGCGCGGUGGAUUUACGGCGUUCAGGCGUUUGAAGGAGUUUAAAGCAAGAAGCCAUUGCUUGAAUGCGGAUUGUGAUCUCGAGUCAGACU